AUGGAGUAUGUACCAAUAGGCAAGAGAACUAGGCUUCAAAAAACCCUGAAUAAGGAGAAUUUUUUAAAUAAUUCUGGGUUUUCUUCGAGUGAUGAUGACGAUGAAGAUGGAUGUUUUGUCAUUAAUGAAGGAGAGUUCUUGAAAUCAAUUAGUAGAAUUUCUGAAAAAAAAUCCGCAAAAAUUGAUGUGGGUAUUGAAAAAAAUAUUAGUAGUGAUUUGGGUAGGGUUUAUGAAAAUCAUGGUGAAAUUUCUAAGGGUUUGGAUGAUAAGGCUCAGAGUAUUAUGAAUGUUGAUGAGAAUGAUGGUGUUGAUGAUGAUGAUGAUGAUGAGGAGGAGGAUGGGAAUGUAUGUAUGCUUGAUGAUGAUGGGAAUGAUGGUGUUCUUGUUGAUGAUGAUGGGAAUGAUGGUGUUCUUGUUGAUGAUAAUGGGAAUGAUGGUGUUCGUGUCGAGGAUGAUGAUGAUGGGAAUGAUGGUGUUAGUGUUGUUGUUGAGGAUGAGAAUGGUGUUAGUGUUGUUGAUAAUGAUGAUGGUGAUGGGAGUGUUGGUGUUGAUGAUGAUGAUGGUGGUGAGAAUGAUGGUGCUCGUGUUGAUGAUGAUGGGAAUGACAGUGCUCGUGUUGAUGAUGGGAAUGACAGUGUUGGUGUUGGUGUUGAUGAUGGGAAUGGUGGUGUUAAUGUGGUUGAUCAUAAUAGGAAAGAUGGUGUCAGUGUUGUUGUUGAUGAUGAUGUGAAUGAUGGUGUUUGGGAUGAUGAUGAUGGGAAUGAUGAUAUAUGUGUCAAUGGUGAGGAUGAGGAUGAUGGGAAUGGUGUUGGCAUUGAUGAUGAUGGUGAGGAUGAGGAUGAUGGGAAUGAUUGUGUUCGUGUUGAUGAUGAUGAGGAGGUUCCUAUAGCUAAGUUACCUAGGAGACUGUUUGAGGGAAUGGUGUUGCCAAAAUACAUUUCAAAAGAUGUUGAGGGAAAUGAUUUUAUUGGAAAAAGAACAAGGUCCCAUUACAAGUUUAGGAGUAAAAUCAAUCAUCAUGGAACCCCUAAUUCCCCUAUCAGCAUUGAUAUAGAUGAUAAAUCCUCUUCCUCUCAUGACGAAGAGGACCAUCAGCCUAAUAGUCGCGAGUAUGGUAAAGGAAAAAGAAAACGUGGUAGGCCGCCUUUGAAGAAGGAUGACAAAGUGGGGUUAAAUCUUGAUGUGGAUGAAUCAUCUUCAUCUUCAUCUGAGGAUGAGGAGCAGCACUUAGAGUUCAAUAGACGUGUGACAAGUCAGGAGGAUGGUGGAGGAAAGAGAAAACGAGGUAGGCCGCCUUUGAAGAAGGUUAACAAAGAGGAUUUAGAGCUUAUGAAGCCAAAAGGAAAGAGGCUAAAAACUAAAGAGGUUCAAAAUGUUUUGCUGAACGCGAUUUUGGAGAAUGGAAAAAAUGCAGGGCUUAAUAAUAUUGCCUCUUCUUUUAGUGAGGCAUUUCUUCCCCUUAAAUUUAAGUAUGGAAUUGAGGAAUUAUCGGUGCCAGAAAUUUCAGAAGAGGAACAAGAAGUCGAAAGCCUCUUUACAAAUAUGGACUUUGCUCUUGGAGUUUGUGACAUUGGUUUUGAACCUUCUUGUUUGGAUAACGAUGAUGAUGAAGAUGAUAAUGCUGUUCUAUGUGAUAGCGCACUCUUGCAAGAAAAGCUUUGCCUUAAAGGAAAGCACUACUGGAUUUAUGAUGAAUUGAUUGGAAUCAAGUGCAAGUUCUGUUCAUUUGUGAAGCUUGAAAUACAAUACGUCACACCUGAUUUUAACAAGAAUCCGUUUGGGAGGACGAAAGACACCAGAUACUAUGGGCAAUUCCCCUACAAUGAUACCAAUGUUUCUGACAGGUUUCAGUUUCCGGAUUUGAGCUAUGAUAUCCGAGGUGAGGCUAGUAUUCCGAAUGACCAUUUUUCGGGCACAGUAUGGGACCUCAUUCCAGGAGUUGCAAGGACCUUAUACCCUCAUCAGCGCGAUGGGUUUGAGUUCAUCUGGAAAAACAUUGCCGGAGGGAUAAGAAUCGACGAGCUUGCUAAGCCCACGGAAUCUGGUAGUGGUGGGUGCAUCAUAUGCCAUGCUCCAGGGACAGGAAAAACUCGGCUAGCAAUUGUUUUUCUGCAGUCCUUCCUGAGGCAAUACCCUAAGUCGAGGCCUGUUAUUAUAGCCCCUUAUAGCAUGCUUCGUACUUGGGAAGAGGAGUUUGAUCGAUGGAACGUUGACAUUCCUUUCUUUAACCUGAACGAGAAGGAACUGUCAGGGAAAGAAGACCUUCCUCUGCUCAAAGGUCAGAACAUGAAGAAUGCUAUGAAAGACGAGUAUUCAAUUCGAAUGGCUAAGCUACUUACUUGGUCUAUGGGGAAGGGUGUUUUAGCUAUUAGCUACGGGCUUUUCCAGAGAUUAGCAGGUGAUGGGAAGAGCGUUGAUGAGAAGGUUAGGAAAGUUUUUCUUGAACAGCCUGAUCUCUUAGUGUUGGAUGAAGGGCACACGGCGAGAAAUGAUAAGAGUGGCAUAGUUAAAGUGCUGUCAAAGGUUGUAACUAAGAGGCGAGUGAUCUUAUCAGGAACGCCAUUCCAAAAUAACUUUGAGGAACUGCAUACUACAAUUGCCUUGGUCCGAGAAGAGUUUGGGGUUCCAUCUUGUAGUCAUUUGAAUGAGGAACGAAAAAUCGAGAAGCUAAGGAAACAGAUUGGUCCCUUUGUGCAUGUUCACAAGGGGGAGAUCUUAAGAGAUACUCUUCCUGGAUUGUUUGACUCAUUAAUUGUCCUAAGACCCUCAGAUAUGCAAAAGUAUAUUUUUGCUCACAUAGCAAGAUUAAGAACCCCAUUUCUCAAAUUCGACAACCAGAUAUCUCUGGCCGGUGUUCACCCCUCAAUUUUAUGUGAGACAGAUUCAGGGUAUGCUGUCGAUAAAGAACAAGAAACUUUGCUGAAAGAUCAUAGAAUGGACCUUGAUGCUGGAGCAAAAAUACGGUUUCUUGUAGAGCUUAUAAAGCUAUGCAAAGGAGAGCGAGUUUUGGUGUUUGGCCAGCGCCUUCCCUCCUUAAACUUCAUAGGAGAUUUGCUAGAAUCUCUAUUCGAAUGGACCAAGGGGAGGGAGUUGCUUUACAUUGAUGGAGGUCAAGAUAUGAAGGAGAGGCAGUCAUUGAUUAAGCUUUUCAACAACCCUGGGAGCGAGGCUAGGGUCCUUUUGGCUUCCACCAAGGCAUGUUGUGAAGGGAUCAGCCUUGUGGGUGCGUCUAGGGUGGUCUUGCUUGAUGUUGUGUGGAACCCCUCUGUGGAAAGACAAGCCAUAAGCCGGGCUUAUAGACUAGGACAACAAAAGGAUGUGUUUGUUUAUCACCUCAUCAUUUCGGGGACCCUGGAGGAAGAUAAGUUCCACAGGCAGACAACAAAGGAACAUUAUUCAAAGCUUCUGUUCUCUUCGUCCUCUCCUUCAGAGAAUGAAACCACUAUGCACAAAAAGAGCAUCGGAUCAAGGAUGGUUUCUGAGGAUCACUUAUUAGAAGCAAUGACCCAUCAUGAAAAAAUCAAUUACAUGUUUGAGAAGAUUAUCAGCCAGCCUAAAGCUGAUGAUGAUAUGAUCAAAAGUUUCUCUUGUUGAGAUUCUUUUAUAGUCAUCUGACAAUUAUCUGAAAUACUAAUACAGUAUGGUUUCAUUUAUUCUGAUUUCAGCCUUUCAUUCUGUUUGGACCAGCUAUCUUUCUGUAAGUGUUGCUGUAACUACUGCUGGGGAGAUAAGAGGGAAGUGAACUGGCUGAUAAUAUAACACCUUCAAAGCAGCAAUAACCAUGAUAAAACUAACAGUAGCCAGGCCAGUUCACAACCCACUUCUCUGCUCAGCAGUAUUUACAGAAACUCUCAAGAAGGAUCUCUAGUCUAAAUAGAAUGUAGGGUAAAAAUCAGAAUAGAUAAUCCCAUAUUUCUUUGGCAUUUCAGAAGAUUGUCAGAAGACAACACUAACUUUUGCUUAGGAUAUCAUGAUUCAUGAUGUAUUGAAUUAAGAUAAACACAGUGUUUGUGUUAGGGGUUACAUAAUUGAUUGAAAGUAGGUGUUACAGGUGAUAAAGCUGUUAUUAUAAAGCUAGCCUUCUGUGCCAGUGAUUCUUAAGAA